AUGUCCCUCCUCCCCAUCAACCUGGACCAGCAGGCAGUUUACCACGAUGGCAGGAACCCCACCCUUUGGUGUUCUAUUGGUGUUCUUUACUUCCAAAUCAACCAAUUCCGUGAUGCCCUUGAUGCAUACUCCCGUGCCAUCCACAUCAACCCUUAUAUUUCCGAGGUCUGGUUUGACUUGGGCAGCCUUCACGAGAGCUGCAACAACCAAAUCUCAGAUGCCAUUGAUGCUUAUGCUCGUGCCAGUGAACUUGACCCUGGAAACCAUGUCAUUUUGCAGUGUCUCCAGCUGCUCAAGAAUGCUCAAGCCACUGGUGGUCAGCUACCUGCUGCACCAGGUCCUCAGGAUGUGCACCCAACUGCUUAUGCCAGCACCGUGGUUCCUCCUCCAGGACUCACUGGUCCUCCUCCUGCUACAAUCGACGUCCACUCGUCUCCCAAUCUUCCAGCCUCAGUCAAGCAGCUUGAAUAUGGCCAUACCCUUUCUGACUACAACAUUCAGACCGCCCUCGUCUUCCCCCUUGCCAAUGCUGAUGCUGACCCCCAUGACCUCCAAACCCCAAUGCCGGGUAACUAUUUCCUGGUCUCCCUCCCUGGUGGCUUGCAAUCUAAUAGAAAAUUUUCAAUGCUCUGA